AUGCUAGGGCGGCUCCUCCAUUUGGGCUCCGGAGGGUCGGCUACCCCCCAAGCCGCUACGAGCAGCAGCAGCAGCACGCCUCGGCCGGCCCUCCCACUUGAGUCUGUCCAGGAGGACAUUCACACGCGAAAUCUCCUAUUUCCGGACGCACAGGCACUGUACCAGCACCGCAAUGACCAAGUGUUUGAUUUGUCUUCGGCGCCAGCGACGCCAUCUGCUGCGGCCGCCAACUCGUACGACGUGAGCGAAGAUUUUGAGCUUGACUCUCGCGAUGUCCGCGUCAUCAUUCUCCAAGAUGCUCUGGGACCCACGAACGCCUCCCUCCUGUACGAUAGCCACCUGCCCCCGGAACAGGCGGCUGAACGAUCUCCCGCUCGCCAGGACCCGAGAAGAACCCCCCUGUCACCGCGCAAAACAAGCCUCAGCCAGUCGUCCCGGCCACUCGUGAUCCAACCAGACAGCCCCCAGCCUCGUCAGGGUGCGUUUGAUCGCCGAGCGUCAGUCCAUGGCAGGAGUCAAAGCUAUGCAGAGACUGAUGCGCAGCGAGUUGCCCGCGAGUAUCGCGAGGAGCUUGCGACGUUCUCGAGCUGCAUAUUUGGUAACUCGGAGCUGAUGGCCUACAAGGGAACAUCAACAAAAGUUCAUGUCGUUCCCAGCGAUACCCGUCCAGCCGAAUACUCCGCAUCUGCUUUUGGGGAUGGACGGAGCUCCAUCGGCCGCUCGAGCGGCCGCUCGAGUAAGUUGUCACAGUCUUUCUCCUCGCAGACUGUCUCGCCGACAAUCGGUCCUCCACUCCCACCAACCGGCUACUCGCGACAGAGUGACAAGAAGAAAGUCCUCAUCACAAGACUGUUCCCUGUCAACCUGACUGCUGAGGAUGCCGAUGCCAACGUUACACCACAGAGCCGGUUCUCGGACGACAAUAGUGGCUUCCCAUUUCCGUCCGCUGGGGAUGACUCGGCGUCUGGUAAGAAGAAGAAGCCACAACCUAAGCAGAGGCGAACUCCCAUGUACGCCGUCGUGUUGGUGGUGCAGCUGCCCCGUGCGUCAUCACGGAUGUCAUCGGCCGCCCCGGCGAGAUCCGCAUUCCGUGAGUCAGGGUCGUAUAACGACCAAGACUUUUUCUCUUCUUCCUACAACUCGACUAAGGCCGGUUGGAACAUGACUGGCUCUGGUAAUUACGGCGACAUAACCGACUCGUCCUAUUCUAUCGACUUUGAGGACCGAAUCGACUGGCUUACCCAGCACUGGGACAUCAUCAUGCGAACCUUGACUCACCUUCAGUCUGUGGCCGCCACGACCAUCCACGGCAUGCUUAAGCAAGCUGACAUUGCCUCGCCUGGCCCGUACUCUACCUCGGCAGCCUCGAAUUUGAUUUCUCGGACUCCUUCGCUAUCCGACAGAAGGGGCAAUGACACCCACCGAGCCAAGCCACACAAGAGCACAACCAAGCUUGUCUCGUUGGCCCCCACCUGUCUCAACAGCGACGUCAACAUUGCGCACGAGGCAGGACUGGCGAGGACUAGAGUAGUCCUGGGGCUCAGCGCCUCUAGGGUUGUCACUGGACAGGGCCGAUGGGGCAUCUGGCGUGAUGAAGCAAUAUGGACGUCGCAUUGGCUUUCAUCACCGGAGAAAGGCCAGUUCUUCUAUAACCUUCUGACAGGGUUCCUGGCUACCCAUACCGACUGGUUACAGGCCCUUUGCGGACCUGCUUUCAGCAAGAGAGCCGCAACGGCCAGACGGAACCGAAAUGAAGAGGACCUCUCGCUGCCAGCACGAACCAUUGUUGUGUCUGAUGACAAGAUGGCUGCGCGCAGGUUGAUCUUCCUUCUUUCGGCGUUUUUGCCGGCAAGCCAACAAGUCUCGCCCGCGAGGCCACACCGGCCGAGCACGUCCGCAUCAUUGGGGGGCUACUCCAACUCGCCUCCAACGUUCAUCGUGCCCAUCCUUCGCGAGGAGUCUCUUCGCCGCAAGAUCAACCGGCGCAGCGGCCUGCGGCGCGCAUCUCACUCGAGGACCGCCAGCCAAAGCACACGAACUUCCGGUGUUCCCUCGCAGCUUGCUCACCUGACGCUUGAUCGAAAUCAACAUCAGCGACGUGCCUCGGAUGCAGCGUCGAUCCGGACUACAAACAUCCCCAUGCCCGGCCAAGAUUUCGUGAAUCGCAAGAGCAGUGCCGCGACAACCGCCACGAUUGUACCGGAAGCCACGACGCCGCACUUUGCAACUGCUCAGCAGCAGCGCGAUAACCAUAGAAGACGUCGCCCUGGCAGUAGCGGCAGUGUUGCAGCAGACGACUUGAAGCGUUCUCUAAAACGCGUUGAGAGUAGCGGCCAGGCGACGUCGGCCAGCUCACGGCCCACGAGCCAAGGGUUGAAAUGGGGUAGCUUGGUGAGUGGGCUAUGGAACGCGCGCCGAAGGGAGUCCAUCGACAGCGGCACAUACAGUCAGGGAAGUGACCUUCGGUCGCCGAUCAAGACUACUUUUGGUCGCCCUGACAAGCUGUCUGAGAUGGUCCGGGAGGUCUCGCCUGCUGAAGAGUCAGCUGAGGCGACAUCCCGUCAAGUGUCUCAGCCGUUCGAUGCACGCAAUUUCGGUCCCGCUUCAGAUGACUUGAGGAGAGGCAGAGCGUCGUUUUCGCAGGUGGAGAGGACCCCAGACCCGUCUGGCGCAUUCGAGUCCCCUGUCAAGACGUCUAUCAACGCCGAGGAUGGGGUGAUAGACGUUGACGUCCCAUUUCCAGAUUUUAUCGCGUCGUAUGAAUCGGCUAUCAGCUCGCCAUCCAGCAGUGGCUACCUAUCGACUCCGGGAAUGCCCAGCGGUUUGGAGACUUUUGAGCAGUCGGCGCGAUUUGCCAUUGAGGGCGAUCUGCCGCUUAAUGCCGCUGGAUGGCUGAACCGCUUCCACCCGGACUUCGCGCUCCAGGCUCUCCCCCCACAAGAUAACUUGCUUGAUAAGGUGAAGGCGGCUCUUCAAGCGGAGCCAACACCUGCACCUGAUUUCCCGGUCGGUAACAGUCAGUCUGAGCGCUGGGUCGACGUCAGCGCGGUCGUCAUCGCAGACACGACGACAAAUUCUGUCAAGCGUUAUGUCUACCGUCGACUGGUCAAACCCAAAGCCACGAUAGACAGGAUUUCCGGAAACACUGUCGUGCCUGGCCACAACGGGUCUGUGCUCCUGACGCCAUCUGUUCUCCCGUACGAGCAUCAACUGGAAGAGGAGUGGCUGGACGAUGACAUUUUUGUUGCCGAUGAAGCGUUGAAAGAGUCCAUCGAGAAGGUCAUCCACUCGACACCAGACGCCAGCAAAGAAAACUCAGCCCCUUCAUCGCAGGCGCCUAGCGACUUCCGGGGCAGCACUGACAGCGGCAGCACCAUACCUGAUGCACUUUCCGAGGUGACUCAGCUUGCGGAUCAGCCACUGGAUGUACCCAGGGUGCAAUGCAAGACAGUCAUCCUAUCUACGCUUGAGGAGAUGAUUCGGGAAGCCAUCGACAGCCGCGACAUGGACGGUAGUGGUCAAGGACGUAGCAACAGGCACAGCCGGCAGCGUCAGCCCAACGUCUUACGCGAUGCUGUGAGGCAAUGGGUGGCAAACUUGGAUGGCGCAGAAUGA